ACGACAGUACAAUGAAUCAAUCGAUCGAUGAUCCGUAGCCUCUCUUCCUCGUGUCCUAUAACUUGACGGAAUCGCGCUGUACCGCCGGCCGGACACCUCGCGCCGCCGCCGCUUGACUCCGAUCGAUGGACGCCGAGGCCGGCCCCGCCGGCGCAGAGCAGCUCCCGUGGAGGCAACACUACAAGAAUCUGGUGCUGCUAGCAUACCAGAGCUUCGGUGUUGUGUAUGGGGACCUAAGCACAUCCCCCCUCUAUGUGUAUAAAAGUACAUUCUCAGGAAGGCUCGGACAGUACCAAGAUGAACAGACAGUAUUUGGUGUACUUUCCCUUAUAUUUUGGACCUUCACGCUUCUUCCUUUGCUCAAGUAUGUCAUUAUUGUAUUGAGCGCUGAUGACAAUGGCGAAGGUGGACCAUUUGCUCUGUAUUCUCUCCUCUGCAGGCAUGCAAAGCUUAGCUUGCUUCCAAAUCAACAAGCAGCAGAUGAGGAGCUAUCUACAUACUACAGAGAGGGGUUUUCUGCUCAGCAUGGGUCUUCACCUUGGCUAAGAAGGUUCCUAGAGAAGCACAAAAAAGUCAAAACUGGGCUUCUCCUUGUAGUUCUAUGUGGUGCUAGCAUGGUGAUUGGUGACGGUGUCCUCACUCCAGCAAUCUCAGUGCUAUCAUCUAUGUCUGGGUUGCAAGUUCGAGCUACUGGUUUACAGGAACGUUCGGUGGUGCUACUUUCAUGCAUUGUAUUGGUUGGUCUGUUCUCCUUGCAACACCGAGGUACUCAGAAGGUGGCAUUCAUGUUUGCACCAAUUGUUAUCAUCUGGCUCUUCUGCAUUGGUGGAAUUGGAUUGUACAAUAUAGUUCAUUGGAACCCACGGAUUUACCAAGCGCUCUCUCCAUAUUAUAUUAUUAAGUUCUUUAGGACGACCGGCACAGAUGGCUGGAUUGCUCUAGGAGGAAUACUACUUUCUAUGACAGGCAGUGAGGCUAUGUUUGCCGAUCUCGGUCAUUUUACAAGUGCAUCUGUCAGGCUAGCUUUUAUUACAAUCAUAUAUCCAUGUCUUACACUGCAAUAUAUGGGCCAAGCAGCGUUUCUAUCGAAGAACAUGUUCCACAUGCGCACAAGUUUUUAUGACUCCAUCCCAGGACCUAUAUUUUGGCCUGUAUUUGUGGUGGCUACUCUCGCUGCAGUUGUUGGAAGCCAGGCUGUAAUUUCAGCAACAUUCUCUAUUGUAAAGCAAUGCCAUGCUUUGGGUUGUUUCCCACGAGUGAAGAUUGUUCACACAUCUAGGUGGAUCUAUGGGCAGAUUUACAUUCCUGAAAUAAAUUGGAUCCUUAUGGUGCUAUGUGUAGGUGUCACAGUUGUGUUCGGUGAUACAACCCUUAUUGGAAAUGCAUAUGGUAUUGCUUGCAUGACUGUUAUGAUUGUUACUACAUUCUUGAUGGCAUUGAUCAUCAUCUUUGUUUGGCAAAAGAACAUACUAUUCGCCUUGUUGUUCCUAUUAUUCUUCGGGUCCAUUGAAGCUGUGUAUCUUUCCUCUUCGCUCAUGAAGGUUCAUCAGGGAGGAUGGGUGCCUCUUGUGCUUGGUUUCAUAUUCAUGUGUGUUAUGUUCAUUUGGCAUUAUGGAUCAAGGAAGAAGUACCUGUUUGAUCUUCAGAACAAAGUGUCAAUGAGAUCAAUCCUGUCUCUAGGUCCAAACCUUGGCAUCGUUCGUGUUCCGGGAAUUGGACUGAUCUACACAGAGCUGGUGACUGGUGUGCCCGCCAUCUUCACGCAUUUUGUCACCAAUCUCCCUGCCUUUCAUGAAGUCCUAGUAUUCCUUUGUGUCAAGUCAGUGCCGGUGCCAUACGUGCCACCAGAUGAGCGAUACCUCGUAGGCAGGAUUGGGCCUAGAGCGUACCGGAUGUACCGUUGCAUUGUCAGGUAUGGUUACAAAGAUAUGCAGAGAGAUGACGAGAACUUCGAGAACAUGCUAGUCAUGAGCAUCGCAAAGUUCAUCAUGAUGGAAGCCGAGGACGUCUCGUCUUCAGCAAGUUACGACAUCGCUAACGAGGGAAGAAUGGCCGUGAUAAGAACCACAGAAGAUGCCGGCACCCCACUGGGCAUGAGAGAUCUGAGCGGCCUAGCCGAUUCCAUCUCCACCACGAGGAGCAGCAAAUCUGAGAGCCUCCGGAGCCUGCAGUCGUCCUACGAGCAGGAGUCCCCGAGCGCAGGACGGAGGCGCCGCGUCCGCUUCGAGCUGCCAAAUGAGGACACCAUGGACCAGCAGGUGAAGGACGAGCUGCUGGCGCUCGUGGAGGCGAAGCAUGCGGGGGUCGCGUACAUCAUGGGCCAUUCUUACAUCAAAGCCAGGAGGAGCUCCAGUUAUGUGAAGAAGAUUGUGAUCGAUGUCGGCUACUCUUUCCUCCGGAAGAACUGCAGAGGCCCGUCAGUCUCGCUGCAUAUUCCACAUAUUAGCCUGAUAGAAGUCGGUAUGAUCUACUAUGUGUAGUAGGCCUAAUGUGAUCUUCUGUCUACAUGUGUGGAUCAAUCUGGUGGCAACAAAGCAUGUGCUACCUAUGAACCCACCCUAUGCUUUUUUGUCUGGAGUUCAUGCUGCAGUCUGUAGCAUGGAAUGCUGCAUCCAGACACCCAAGUGCUGAGAUGAGGGCGCUGUGCAUGUUAACAUCACUUCUCAGCCCCAAUAAACUGCCAGACUCGUAUAAUUAUUUAGUUUAUGUUUCUUUGUUUUGGAUUUUUUGCAUCCAUGAUAAGUGUAUUUACUUCCUGGGGAAAACGUUGAAAGGAAUCAGUUAUGUCAUUUUAAAUUUUGUUUC